CGGAAGUCGCCGCACAUCCUGGAUGUGCAGCACGUUAAGUGUUCCGAUCAGCGUCUCCAGACUCAACCAGCUCACCGCUGUCCAUCCGCCUCAGCUCUCUGAUAAAACUACUUCUUCUGGUUGUGUCUUGUUUCCUUUUCUGCCAACAAAAUGCCUUUAAAGUUUGAGCUGUGCCCCGGCAGAAUGAUCGGAGGUAACCAUCCAUGUUUCAUCAUUGCUGAAAUUGGACAAAACCACCAGGGAGACAUUGAGAUUGCUAAGAAAAUGAUCAAAAUGGCAAAGGACUGCGGUGCUGAUUGUGCUAAGUUCCAGAAAAGUGAAUUAGAGUACAAAUUUAACAAGCGUGCCUUGGAGCGCCCUUACACCUCCAAACAUUCCUGGGGGAAGACUUACGGUGAACACAAGCGCCAUCUGGAGUUCAGCCACGAGCAGUACAAGGAACUGCAGAAGUACGCAGAAGAGGUCGGGAUCUUCUUCACCGCUUCAGGAAUGGAUGAGAUGGCUGUGGAGUUUCUCCAUGAGCUCAAUGUGCCUUUCUUCAAAGUGGGCUCUGGAGACACCAACAACUUCCCAUAUCUGGAGAAGACGGCCAAGAAAGGACGUCCCAUGGUGGUGUCCAGUGGGAUGCAGUCCAUGGAGACGAUGCGUCGGGUCUACAAGACGGUUAAGGAGCACAACCAGAACUUUGCCAUCCUGCAGUGCACCAGCGCCUACCCUCUGGAAGCUGAAGAUGUCAACCUCAGAGUGAUCGCAGAAUACCAGAAGGAAUUUCCAGAUAUCCCCAUUGGGUAUUCCGGCCACGAGUCUGGAAUCAGUAUUUCAGUGGCGGCCGUAGCUCUCGGAGCAAAGGUCAUCGAGCGUCACAUAACUUUGGACAAGACGUGGAAAGGAAGUGACCACGAAGCCUCACUGGUUCCCUCUGAGCUGACCGAGCUGGUUCGUUCCAUCCGACUGGUGGAGAGAGCUCUGGGCAACGGCAUUAAGCAGAUGUUACCCUGCGAGCGGCCGUGCCAUGACAAGCUGGGUAAGUCAGUGGUGGCCAAAGUGAAGAUCCCCAAAGGAACCACCCUGACUCUGGACAUGUUGACGGUGAAGGUGGCCGAGCCCAUGGGCGUCGCAGCCGAGGACAUCUUCCAGUUGGUCGGCAAGUCCGUGACGGAGGACGUGGAGGAAGACGAUAGCGUCACGCCGGAGGUGGUGGACAGCUAUGGCAAGAAGAUCAAGUGCUGAGAGGAUGGCAGAGAGGUUUAAAAAUGGUACAAAAAGGCACUUCAUUUGAGAGGAAAUGUAAUUUAAUCCUCUGGGGAAAUUUUGGAAGGAGCUCAAGAUGACACAUGCAGGAGUGUUGUGGUAAUUUUGUUUGGUGCAGCUGAGAUUUCUGAUUGCUCACAGGGUUUUGCAAUAAUUUCUUACAUAAUUGGACCAUGUAUUAGUUUAAAUAUUAUCACAGCUGGUGUCCAAACAGAGGACUCCUGUGUUCUGGUAAGUCAUUCACCCCGUUAGCUCUCUCUUGCCAAAGUAUCUUCUUUUAAUUUUCUUAAAGCCACCCUUAAGUAAUACACUAAAUGUUCAGCAAACAGGAUCUAUAAUAAAACUACCAUCAUCUAACAAGUUUCCAGUAGUAGUUUCAGCUCUGUGGUCAGUACUGGGGCGUUCAGAGGUGGCACAAAAGCCAUUUGUCACUGUUAACUAAAGAUAUUUUGCACUGUAAUGUUAGCACGAGCUGUAGAGAUUAAAUGAAUAUUGAACACACGGAGGUGAAGCUGCUCGUUAGAACACGGAGCCUAUAUGCCAACAGUCAGCGUAUUCGUCUCUUACAGGCUCAGCAUGCUGUCAUGAUUGUCAACUGAUGUCAGGAUGCCUCUAGUCUAGUGUGAGUUUGUAUCUGUAUGUCUUCUCUGACAGAAACUACCGGAGCCAGAUGCUGAAAAACUCUUUGGAUGUAAUUGUGAAGAAAGAAAUGUCUGCUUUAGAUUUUUAAAGCCCUGUGUAUGCAUUUUUUUCUUCCAUGUUUCAGUCAUAAACCUGUCUCCUCCUGCCUUUGAUUUGGCAGCAACACCGUCCUGUAAUAAUGAUUUUUGGGAUGAAGGAUGUUAACACACGUCAAUAUGUGGAAGUCUGUUGAGAUCUAUGAUGUUCUGAAAAGAUAAAGCCUCCAAAUAAAAUGUUGUCAAAAUUC